AGCUCGGUCUCAUUUGGCAGGCCAAAGUCGCAUGGAAAGGACACGUUUUUCAAAUGGGAAUUAUAUCUCAAUAUAAAUCUGCAAAAAUGCAUAUAUUCCAAGUUAUUUGAUACUAAACUAAACAAAAAUCCUUUCCCAAGUCGGUGCGGGUAGUGCUUGUGUGAUUUGUGCAAAGUUCGUUCGUGUGAGUUGUUACAACAGGCUCAGAGGUUCGGCCCCAGAGAGAAGCAGAAGUGGCCCGCAAGGAUCUCCAAAAAUAAAACAACGGAAAAUUUAUCAACCUUCGUCACCGUUCGGAAGUGCUCCUGAUUCUUUCUUUCUAUUUUCCCUACGUUUGGUUUCUCGUGAAAAUCUUUUACCGCUUCUUAAAGUGUGUGAUUGAGAAAAAUCUUCGAAGCAAUUGUUUUGCUCUUUCUUUUGACCUACCGUACACUUUACGAUCAAGGCUUGUGAAUGAAAAAUAUGGCCGGAACUGUGGAUGAAAAAAAGGUGUAUAAGCUGGUCCUCACAGGCGGACCAUGCGGCGGCAAAACAACCGGUCAGGCUCGGUUGUGCACCUUCUUUGAAAAUCUCGGCUGGAAGGUGUUUCGAGUGCCUGAAACGGCCACUGUUCUCCUCAGUGGUGGAAUCAAGUUUUCAGACCUGACAGCCGAUGAAGAAAAAUCCGGCAAAUUGACUGACCACCGAACCGUCUUCAAGGAUGGUUACCCGGAACACAGCGUCGAUAAGACCGCAUCUUGUCCCCGAUGUUUGGCCGCGGCUGCCGAAAAGCCCAACGGCAGUGAGGCUUACAAGUUCCAGGAGAACUUGAUCCGGACGAUGAUCCAAAUUGAGAACACAUUCUUCGAGCUUGGACGAUCCUGCACGCGGAACUGUCUGAUCAUCUGCGAUCGUGGCGUGAUGGAUGCCAGUGCUUUCGUCUCCAAGGAAAAGUGGGAGCGAAUGCUGAAGACCAACACCUGGAACCCGGUGGAACUUCGCGACAACCGGUACAAUCACAUCCUGCACAUGGUGUCGGCGGCCAACGGAGCCGAAGCGUUCUACUCCACCGAGGAUCACGCGUGCCGCUCGGAGGGUGUCGACCUGGCGCGAGAGUUGGACUACAAGUCAGCGGCGGCCUGGAUCGGCCAUCCGUACUUUGAUGUAAUCGACAACUCGACGGAUUUCGAAAACAAGGUCAAUCGUAUGAUUGAGUGCGUGUGCCAAAAGCUUGGCAUCGAUACCGGGGACCGGUUGCUGACCACGUCCAAGAAGGUCAAGUUUUUGGUUUCGGAGCUGCCGGUGGACUCGCUGUUCCCAGCGUUCCAGGACUUUGAAGUUGUCCACCACUAUCUGCAGUCGGCUGGUCCGCGCGUGCAGGCUAGGUUGCGGAAACGUGGCCAGAACGGCCACUUUAGCUACAUCCACACGAUUCGCCGUCCACAUCUGCACGGUCAGUCGAUCGAGGUGAAGACCCAGCUUACGCACCGAGACUACCUGAACAUGCUGACGCAGCGCGAUGAUGCUCACUUUACCAUCUACAAGAAGCGUCGUUGCUUCCUGGUCAACAAUCAGUACUUCCAGAUGGACAUCUACAAGGAACCGGGGCAUCCAAGAUGCAAAGGACUGAUCCUGCUGGAAACGUACACCUCGCUGAGUGGCGACAAGCUGAAGUGCAUCCUACCGAAAUUCCUCAACAUCGUGAAAGAAGUGACCGGCCAUCCGGACUACUCCAUGUUCAACCUCUCGCUGAAGGAGGACUGGAGCAAUACGAAAAAGUUCUGUUAUUCGCUUCACGGUAAGAAAACCGUUUGCUGCCACAGUGCCAACUCCGACACUGUCCCCGGCGACGACGGUGACGAGUAGAAUUGUGGUGUCUUUCAAUCUUUCUCUCAUUUUUCUCUACGUGAUCAAUGUUGAGCCCUGUUUUUGUUUCUGUUUCCCCUAAAGCCUGCAUUUUUUGAUAAGAUUAUCAAACUAUUUAUCGUACGUGGGGGAAAGCAUAAUGGAGUCUUUUUUUUAAUCAGCACAACUCUGAUGCUUUCCCCAUGUCGAUCAUGCUUGUGUUGAACACAAUUGAACCUAUCCAAACAACUAACCAUCUUCUUUUUUACAUGAUAACGAAAACGUUUCAUCUGAACCCUUUUUGUAAUUGUAAGGCUAACCCAAUAUUUUAGAACACUCUAUUCUAUUGUAUUCAGAUUGUAUUUAGAUCCGUUUUUUAUCCUUUUCUUGUGUAGUUUGAGUAAAUUGUUGCAUUUGACCAACUUUUUAACAGAGCAUUACAUUGUUGUAAUGUGACUUAUUUGUAUUCAAUCAAGACAGUUUUUACGUAAUCAUUUAUCUUUUCAAAUCACCGACCACUAUUGCUACCUAGUCCUUCAUGAUUAUACCCAGGUUGCGAACACAAGCUCACUUGACUUGUCUACAAAAUCAUGUCAUAAGUGUGAGACACACAAACAUCCACCAGCUUGCUUCAGAUUAAUCAAAAUUGUUCCUGUUUUCUUAGUUGUGAUUGGCAAAUUUCUUAAAAUUACCGUCAAAUUUCUGUUUUCUUUUCUUUUCGUUUUCAACGAUUCUAGAUCAAGAUGAAGGUGAGUUUAGAUCAAAUGGACACUCGCAUAAAAUGAUCAAUGGUAAAGCAUAAUUUGAGUAGGAAUUUCGAACCACACCCUCCGCCCACACUUGCUUCCUCUAGUAACGAUAUUCCCCUAGUUGUGAACGUUUCUGUUCAAUUUUUUUAAAAUUGUUUUGUUUUUGUCGAGGCGAAUGUGAUUUUCAACUAUUCAAAAAAAAAACUACCCAUUCAAAGUAUCUUUCCCUCCAAAUGUUUAUAUAUUUUAGUAUUUGUUUUACCCUCCUGUGAACUGUAAAUUGUAAAUUGAUAUUUCGUAGAUCAGCUACCUCUUACACAUACAAAAAAAAUAAUAGUGAAAAAAGCAUACAUUGGUUAUCUUUGUAUUUUUCUGUCUGCUCAAAAUUAUUGCCUACGGAAGAAAAUGUUAAACAUCUUGGUAUAUAAACACAAUCGUUGCAGUUUUAUACAGGUAAAAAGUAUAUUCAUAACAGCUGAAACAACUUCAGAAGAACAUUACUUAAAGGUGCACUGCGCUAGCUACUUAAGCAAGGAUCUUGAUACUUAAUGGAACUAGACAGCAUAAAGCAAUUGUCUCGCAAAACUGUAAGUACCUUACAGAAUCUCAAACCACAGCACGACCAUUCCUUUAUGUUGUCUUACUCCUUGAAAAAAAAAAUCGCCGGAAUGAAGCCACCACUUCUGGCGAUUAAAAAAACAACAAGUAGAAGCUUUAAUCAGAGUGAAACGAUGCAAGGGUUAUUCAAAACAAGAAAAAUAUAGAAAAAGAGUUAUUGCGUAUUUUUUCUACUAGUCCUGGUACUUAAAGCAGCAAUUUUACAGCAGAAAAUGUAUUUAUAGGCUUUGUUUGAUUUGAAUGUAAAAUUUUGAUCCAAUUGGCGCGCGUACAGGAGUGCAAAAUUCGUAUUUUUUUCUGUUAGUCAAAGUGACCGAUAGUACUGACACCGCAAACUAGCAAAAGACAGAGCAAAUCUAUUUUUUCAGGACUAAAUCAUACAAAAAACACAAGAAUGGUGAAGCAAGCAUAGGAACAACAAGAACAAUACCAACUAUCUCUGUUAUGAAUGUAUUUUAUAUUAAAAUAUGAGCCUAUUUUCUGAGUUUUCGCGCAUAACUUGUGUUGGAAAGCAAUGAUGAUCCUUAUAAAUACAUAA